AUGCAAUAAAGUAAGUUCAGAACAGUAUCACCAAUGCAAUGCUAAUAUAUUUCAACUCCGUCUAAUUGUUCUGUAAGUGGAGCUUUAAAAAGAGGUAAAAACCUAAAAACUCAAUCACCUUAUUCUUCAUAAAACAAGGAGAGUAUUGUCAAUAUACCUUAAGGAGAAGUUGAUAAAAACAAAAAUAGAUGCAAGGAAAUUAGUAUUGAAGUAGCAAAAUUUUUAUAAUAAAUCAAUAAAAAUGAAAGUAACUUUCCAUCCAUGUAUUCCUCUAUUGUUGGAAUUGAUAAUAAAAAUCCUGAUGAUUGUUAAGAGGAAUAACAAUAAAAAUUAUAGUCUUAAAAUUAAUCGUACUAAAAAUAAAGUGAAAUAAAACAAUAAGAGAUUGAACAAUGGAAAUAAAAAUAUGAAAUAGCAGCAAAGUAAUUAAAUGAAAUGAGAAGUAAAUAUGAUGAAGAUAUAAAAAUAUUAAGUUAGGAAAUACAAGCAGUUAAUGAUCGAAUUACGUCAUGUGAAUAAUAAAGAAACUAUAGUUUCUUUGAAUAGAAAGCAACAGGUGAUAAUUUAACUAAUAUGAGCAUUUAGACAUUUUAAAGAUCAUUAAAUGAUAAUGAUAAUUAGAUUGAAUAAAAUAAACUAUUAGAUGAAAUCUCUGAAAAAAACUCAAUCAUUAAAAAUCUGAAUUUUGCUUUAGAGAAAAUGAAAAUAGAAAUCUCUGAAGCUUAACUCAAAUCUAAUGGAGAAAUAGAAUAGCUAAAUAAUAAAAUUAGUUAGAUAUAGGUUGAACAUCAGGCUCAAAUUUAACAAUAAAAGAUAAAAAUGGAAUUUUAUUAAGAUUCAUAAAUUUAGAAUAUGAAAAUAGCAUACAAUAAUUAAAUUGAAAUAUUAAAAGAAGAAAUUACGCAAUUAAAAUGCUUGAUUGAAAUAAAAAAUCAAGAAAUAUAGACUAUAAAUAACCAAAAUUAAAGAUUAAAAUACUCAAAUGAUUAAAAUAAUAUUUUGUUAAAAUAAGAAAAUGAAGCAUUAAAAAAUCAAUUAAAUAAAAAAGAAUAAUAAUAUUUGGAAGAUAUCAAUUAAACUAAGUCUAAUUAUUUUGCAAUGCUAAAAAAUGAGAUAGAUUCAAUUAAAUAAAGUUCCUAAUAGCAAAUAUCUGUGUUAGAAUGUGAAAUCAAAAAUCUAAAAGAAUUUUUAUCAGCUAAUAAUUCAGAAUAAUAAUAAUUAAUGCUAGAUCGAUUACGUUAGAGAGAAUAUUACGAAAUAGAAAACUAAAAAUUGAAUAGUAUAAUUGAAGAUUAAAAAAAACUAUUGUUAUGCUAAAUAUAACAAUCAGAAAGUAUUAAUAAUGAAUCAAUUAAGAAAAUCUAGGAAAUUCAAUUGUAAUGCCAAUUAUUACUUGAGGAAACAAAUCAAAAGAUGGAAUAAAUAAAUAGAGAGAAUUUAUUCUUAAAAAAUUAAAUUCUACAAAAAGAUAAUGAGAUUAAUAAUUUUGAGAAUAUUUACAAAAAAUUAAAUAAUUAUGAAGAGAAUCUAUUAAAACUUGAAGAAGAGAACUCAAUUAUUUUAAAUCAUUACGAGUAAUAAGAUAGAUAAAAAUAAAAAGAAAAAGAAUAAUAAAUAUAUUAAUUAUAAAGAAAUUUUGAAGGUUAAUUGAAGUAAUAUGAUUUUCAGUUAUAAAAUUUAAUUAAUGAGAAAUUAUAAUAUAUGUAAAUGUUGGAAAUAAAAAAUUAGGAAUGCAUUGAUUUGAGUUUGGAGGUGAAGAAUUUAUAAUUGCAAUAAUAAAAUAUAAGAAUUGAUAAUGAAUUAUUAUACAGUAAAUUAAUAACAUUAAGUAACACAUAAGAGUCUAAUAGAAUAUUGAAUGAUCCACCAAAUUAUACAGCAUAAUUUAAAAGAAUGUCAGAGUAGAUAUCUUUGUUGCAAAAUGAAUUAAUGAUAAAGAAUAAAGAACUGACGAAUAUUAUAGAUAAAUAUUAGUAAAUAGAGUAGAUGGCAUGUAAAAAUUAGAUCAAACAAAAUGAUUAGAAUUUGAAUGAUUUAAUGAGAAAAUAAAUUAGAAAAAGUAGUCAAGUAUUGAAUUAAUGA